UCAGGGAAAUUCAUUCUGAAGGCCGAAUUUAAACAAUGUCAAGUAGUGGUAAUUGGUGUUUAAUAGAAAGCGAUCCUGGAGUAUUCACUGAACUUAUCAGAGGUUUCGGUGUAGAAAGUUUGGAAUGCGAAGAAGUUUAUGAUCUAACAGAAACAAGCAGCGUGUCUGACGCACUUGGGUUCAUUUUCCUAUUUAACUACGAUGAUAAACAAGAUAACGUUGGAAAAGUGGUAACUGACGCAAAUAACAGGGGCAUAUUUUUUGCGAAACAAACAAUUUCAAAUGCUUGUGCGACUCAAGCAAUCAUUAAUAUCUUGUUAAAUAUUGAUGACAAAGUGUCCAUUGGUCCAACGUUGUCUGAUUUCAAGUCUUUUGUGUCAGACUUUGACAGUACAAUGAAGGGUACUGCUAUAAGCAAUUCUGAUCAAAUUAGAGUCGUACAUAACAGCUUUAGCAAUUACCAGUUAUUCGAGUUUGACGAGAAAACCCCUAAGUCAAAUGAAGACGUUUACCAUUUUGUUGGUUAUGUUCCUAUUAAUGGUACUUUGUACGAAUUAGAUGGCUUAAAACCCGGCCCUGUUGAUCACGGAAAACUACCUGAAAAUUCAUCUUGGAUAGAUUCGCUUCGUCCGUUGCUAAUGAAGCGUAUGGAGAAAUGUGUAGACGGAAAGUUCAAUAUAAUGGCAGUAGUCCCUAAUCGACUUGCUAUGUACGAAAAACAGUUGGCACAAUAUAAAAAGGACUCAAGUGAUCCAGAAUCUGCCUACAUAACAGAACUAACGAACAAUAUCGCCAGUGAAAAGAAGAAAAUUGCAGCGUAUCGCGCAGAAAAUAUUCGUCGUCGACACAACUAUUUGCCACUUAUCGUGGAGCUUCUCAAGAUGCUGGGUGAAAACGGCCAACUGACUAGUCUGGUUGAAAAAGCUCAAAAGGUUGCUCAAGAACGAAGUGCUCUACACCCAUCAAAUGCUGCGAAGAAAGUGAAAUUUGUCUAAAAGAAUAUAUUCUGUAUGUACAUCUUUUUCAGAAAAUUUUUAUGUAGGUGUGAAACGAUUUUCGUUGUCAGAUGUAUAUAAAAUUUCCAUUUGUGCAGAGCUAUGAGAAGUGUGAGGGUCAUAAGGAAAAUCCCUAGCGCCACACUGAAUCCAUCAACCGUUGGAGAUGCACCGCGAUACCAGCGCAAAAACCUUUCAGAAUGUUCGCGACUACGCAUCCAGGCUGGGGCUUUGAGUUUUUCGUUUUCCAUCAUCAAAAAUUGUGAUGUUAUGUCCAUGCGUG